AACUAUUGCAAGCUUAUCAGUAUGUGAACUGUAUAUAAAAAAACAGAUGCACGCUGGAUAAAUAAUAAUAACUCGAGUAGGCAUCUAAUACAACCUCCCCAAACUAUCAGAGUGAAGCAUGCUGUCUAACAGCUGUCCCUGCAGAGAAGCGGCACGGGAAGGAUGGAAGUCAGCUAACAGGAGCCUUUUUUCCUGGAAAACAUUUUCGGCUGUGGUGAGUCUGAACGAUGCAGCAGUGUUUAAGGCCUGGGAGGAAACCUUUAGCUGUUUUGUUUCCUCCUGUAUUUCCUUGGCAUCAUUUAAUCCCGCUGCAGAUGCUGUACAAGGCGUGCCAGAUGCUGUACGACGCGUGCCAGGCAAUGGCACAUCUGUACACCUCGUCGGCUCCAGCCUGCUAAGAUCAGUAUCUUCCCUUCACGUGACGCUCAAGUACAGUAUCAGCUUUUGUGCAGUCACAUUCAGAACUGUGAUGAGGAGUCUUGACAAUUCUGCAAGAGCAACCUUUGAGGAAUGUCCACUUUCCUGCUUCACUCUUCAAGGCAGAAAUCUCCUCCUCACUUUGCAAGUCCACCUAGCCUUCCAGCCAUCCUACUCCACGGCUGUCACAACAAACUUCCUUUCAGAUGCUGUUAAGUGCAUGAGACAUCGCUGUGCAGCGUUUAUCUGGUUGCUGGAGGUGGAGUUCUCAGCUGAGCUGACUCACAGGGGUGACAAACUUGAUGCUGCAGAGACUGAGACGACAGAUGAGCUGUUCUCUCGCCGAAUUAGCAGUGGAGAGAUUCCUGUAUUGCAUGUCCAAGAGAGUAUGACACUGCCUAGGUUUGAGACCAGGUAUGUGCCCCACCACAGGGCAGUGGCAGGGUGCUUGUGGAAAACGAAACAGCACGUCACCGUGAAGAAUCUUCUCCUGCCUCCAUCUCAAGUUUAGGAGACAUUUGACUAGUUGAGGAGAAUAGCUUAAUAUUAUAUUGCUCAAGAAUUUUUGUUGUACCAGCCGGCGUUUAAGAUGGUGUCUUAUGAGUGCGUGCCUGGUGGGUCUGCCCCGUUUCUUGGGAGCUGAUCAGAGCUCUCAGUCCAUCUUGUGGGUUGCUUCUUCUGUUUCCGCUGAUGAAGCUGUGCUUCUAGGUGCACUAAUACACGCAGCAUGGGGAGUACACCCAAGGAAUUGGAGAUCUGUGAGCAGGUGCGGGGCUGUCGUCCUGUCGGGAUCACGGAGAUGUGGUGAGCUAGCUCAGGUGCCUGGAAUGCUGCGAUGGAUGGAUACCAGCUCUUCGGGUUUGUUGGACUUGAUGGCCUCCAGGGGUCCCUUCCAAUGUCACCAUCCCACAAUUCUGUGGUACAUUCCUCACUUUCCAGAAGUUAUGCUUUAAAGUUACAAGUGGUUUCUUAUAGCAAUACAUAGAGACUGGUACCAACUAGACUCUUCACUGUGGUUGGUAAUUCAGCUUUUCCUGGCAUGCUCUGUCACUGUUAAGGUGAAGCUUCUUUGGAAGGACAAGGUGAAUACAAAAAAGGAGAAAAAAAAAUCAGAAGUGGCCACUGUACAAACUACCAAACUUACAUCUGCAUUUCCUAGAUUCUUGUUUAUCUCAUAAGUUUUCUGGAAAGAGGGGAAGACAAAGGAGUAGCUCCUGAACCUUACACCGAAACAAAGACUUCUGGGUGGAAAUAUAAAUACUCUGAAGCUAAGAGAGGACAGGGGAGGAAACGGGACACGGCGCAUAUUAGCUGCGAUGUCAGAAUUCAUUGUAUGUUGAGGUCAUUUCAUUGUUUCAAAGGCUUCUUUUUAUUCGUUUAUUUAUAGCAAACGCCGGAAAAUGGUCCAGAAUAAACUUCUUGAGAAACUGA